AGGACACGGUGUCUGGGUGAAUGAGUUUAGCCGUGGAAGAUUUUUAAGGGAAAAAGAUCAUGGCAGGUAGGAAAAGAAAGAUGACAGUCGCAGCAACACAUGGACAGUGCGGAUCAUUGAAUGAGCGCAACAACAAAACAGUGAAGUCAAGUGUUUCAACUACCUGUGAAAAUGCGGGAUGUGUUGAAACGGAGCAAAGCCGAUAUUUCAGUAAAAACCCGCAGCACAGACUCGGGGAGGAUUUUUUCAACCAGCCUUGCAUCUGUUUGGCUAAAGCUUUCCUCGGGAAGGUGCUGGUGCGCAGGUGUGCAGAUGGAACUGAGCUGCGAGGCAGAAUAGUGGAAACCGAAGCCUACCUUGGAGGAGACGACAAGGCCUCACACUCAGCGGGAGGCAAACGCACCAACAGGAACACUGCCAUGUUUAUGAAACCGGGCACCAUCUAUGUGUAUCCCAUCUACGGGAUCUACCUCUGUAUGAACGUGUCCAGUGAAGGGGAAGGUGCUGCAGUGCUGCUGCGCUCACUGGAGCCGCUGCAGGGUCAGCCUGCCAUGCGGGAGCUGAGGGCAGCGAGACGCAGAGAGACUGCCCGUCAACUGAAGGACAAAGAGCUCUGUAAUGGACCUUCAAAGCUGUGCCAGGCUCUAAAUAUACCCCGCUGUUUUGACCGUCGAGACUUGGCUUCAGAUCCAGAGGUCUGGCUGGAGACGGAUCCAGACAAAAGUCCGGCAAAACCCCCGGAUAUAGUGUCAGCUCCACGCAUUGGCAUUGAGUCCCACGGGGAAUGGGCCAAGAAGCCGUGGCGGUUUUAUCUUCGAGGGCACUCCUGUGUUAGUGUUGUGAAUAAAGAUGCAGAGAUGCAGACUCUAUCUGGGAAUGUUAUGAAUGAUUCAGGUCUGUCAGAUGUGCAGCCUGAGACAGGAAAGCAUAAUGUCAAAAAGAUUUUACAGAAAUAUUCCUGAAACUUUGCUACCAUCUUACUGCUUUUAAAGGUUAACCGUUAGCACAUGUGAAAUGAAUACUCGAAAUGAUUCCUUUUAUAUUUGUAUAACAUGAGCAGCGAUAGUCAAGAUGGUUGAAUAAAGCUCAGCUGAAAUUUUGAAUUGUAAAAAAUUGUUUCAUAACCAUUUUAUACCAUUUUUUUUUUUUUGAAAUUGCGUGUCAACUAAUGAAAAGACGCACAGAGAAGUAAAGGAUUUAUUCAGUGUUAAUUAAAAUAAACUGAAUUAGUCACGUGCACAAUCAGUAGUCUCUCAUUUAGUCUC